AUGGAUUGUAAUGAAGACAUGUUUCUAAACUCGAUGACUUUGAAACGCAGGCAACGUGGAGGUAAAGAAUUUAGUAUUGGUGGCCGAGCAAUGCUAUCUCGUAGCCAGAGCACCGAUGCCAUACUAUCACGUGACAUUAACCUCCGAGAAUUGAAGAACGCCGAAGCCAGAGGAGUGAAUAACAAGACUUUCUCGGAAAUCUACGAAGAAAACAAUGGUAAUCCGAGUGAUCUCGAAAAUGGAGCGUUUAUGGUGGAAAAUCCACAACAGGCGUUGAAGAAACAUGAUCAGGAAUAUAUGAAACAGGUGAGAGCAUGGGAGGCUAUUAUAGCCAACGCUUAUUUGUCAGCAUUAUCUGGCCAUGGUUAACUUACGCCCGUAUUCUAAAAGCUCACUCACACUCAAUGAGUGGAAGUUCAAUAUGAGCUUCUCUCGAGUGUCAGUACUGUUUUUGAAUAGUUGGAGGGCUAGUGAUACCUUGCUAUAUGACUACUCGCCCUCCAGCUAUUCAAAAACAGCAUUGACACUCAAGAGAAGCUCAUAUUGAACUUCCACUCAUUGAGUGUGAGUGAGCUUUUAGAAUACGGGCGUUAGAGAUGGAAUUUUCGAACAAAGAUUUUUAUUUCAGACCUAAUCAAAUCAGACCUCUGAUCAGGUUAGACCCCUAAUCAGACCUCUGGCAGGAAUUAGGCGCUUCAUAACUGGACUCAUUUGGACUGUAGCUCAGUUGGUUAGAGCACUGCACCGGAAUCGCAGGACAGUAGUAUAUCGACUCUUGCUGCUUGGUUAUUCCUAAAAUUGUAUAUAUUAAUAAAUCUUUAUUCGGAAAUGCCAUCAACAAAUACCCUUCUCAAUUCAAUCUUUUUCUCUCAAUAUUUUGAAGGAGUUCUUAGAUAAGAUGCCUAAAAAUUUUCAUAAUUAACUUGCACACUUAAGUCUCAUACGGUAUGAUAAAUGAGUGAUUUCACAAUACCUAUAAUGUUUGAAAUAGCGAAACAGAUUUAGCCCUUCCAAAACCUACAGUGGUGCCAUCUUGUGGAAUGAUCUUCCACAAGAACUUAAACAAACAAAAACCACAAGUUCCUUUAAAAGGAAGAUAAAGCAUAUAUAAUUCACAUGUUGCUGCAUAUAGCAUUAAGUUUUUAAUAUCUUUUAUUCUUCCGACUUGUGUUUUGUUUUCCUCUUUCUCAAUUUAUAUACUUGUAAAUAGUUCUACUUAUUUUAGAUAUUUUUGUAAUUGUGUGACACUCCUCGUGGAAAUCAGCUGCAUGUAUAUAGUUGUUCGAGGCUAGCGGGUUUAAAUAAAGUUUUUCUUUACAACUGCAUGUAAAUGAAUUUUGCGCUUUCAUUCUCGUAGCUCGAUUCCUGUCCUUGGUUCCACGGUUCAAUCUCCCGCUCCAAGGCUGAAGACUUGUUGGACUCUAACGAUAACGAAGGGACAUUCCUGGUUCGCUCGGGAUUUGAUAUCGGAGAAUUCUACAUCAGCGUACGAACCCCGAAUGCUGAACCCAAAUUCCGACACAUUUCCGUCAACCGCCGAGAUGAAAACUUCGUUGCUGUAUGCGGUUCCGGACCACGAAACUUUACGACCUUCGACGAACUUGUCGAGUAUCUCCGAGAAAAUCCGACACAAAUGGAAGGCAUUAGCGAAGAUGUGAUUUUGAAGGGGCAUAUCGCUAAGGAGUAGGAAACGAAAUGAAAAUUUUUGGCAACAAGUGGAAACAAGAUAUCGAAGAAAACGAACCAUACUGGGACUUAUGUUUCAUUUAUAUUAUUGGAAUUAAAUUUUACAAUAUGAACGAUUUCUAUUGAAUAAGUGAAAAAAUAACGAGAGUCAGGCGAUAGUAUAAUUUAAAUAACAAAGUGUAGUACACUUCAAGAAUAUAUUAAAUAUUUAAGAUUAAAAGAAAAUUGUAUAAUAGAACUUAUUUAAUUCUGAAAGGAUACUUUAGUGACAAAAACAUUAUACUAUUAAAUAAAGAA